CGAGAGAGGCUGGCGAGGCGGGCCCCCAACCCUGCGCUGCGGCCGCGGCGACGCCGAGGACCGUGACGGUGAGCCCCGCGCCGCCCGCCCGCCUGCCGUGCUCUCCUCUCCCUCCUGGAGUCGCCCGCCCCGGCUUUCUCCGACCAGCCUGUGCGCCCGGAACAGCGGCAGCACCAUGGCGCGGUUCCUGAGACUCUGCACUUGGCUGCUGGCGCUCGGCCCCGGGCUCCUGGCGACCGUGCGGGCGGAAUGCAGCCAGGACUGCGCGACGUGCAUCUACCGCCUGGCGCGCCCGACCGAUCUCAACCCGCUGGCUUGCACACUGGAAUGUGAGGGGAAACUGCCUUCUCUCAAGACCUGGGAAACCUGCAAGGAGCUUCUGCAGCUGUCCAAGCUGGAGCUCCCUCCAGACGGCAGCAGUGCCCUCGGCAAACAGGAGGAGCACCGCUUGCUCGCCAAGAAGUACGGGGGCUUCAUGAAGAGGUACGGAGGCUUCAUGAAGAAGAUGGAUGAGCUGUAUCCCCUGGAGCCCGAGGAAGAGGCAAAUGGAGGGGAAAUCCUUGGCAAGAGAUACGGGGGCUUCAUGAAGAAGGGUGCGGAGGAAGACGACGCCAUAGGCAAUCCCUCCGACCUGCUGAAGGAGCUGGUGGGAGCGGGGGACCAGCGAGAGGGGGCUCCCCACCAGGAGGACAGGGAUGACGCAGACGUGAGCAAGAGAUACGGGGGCUUCAUGCGAGGCUUAAAGAGAAGCCCCCAACUGGAAGACGAAGCCAAGGAGCUGCAGAAGCGGUACGGCGGCUUCAUGAGAAGAGUGGGUCGCCCCGAGUGGUGGAUGGGCUACCAGAAAAGGUACGGCGGCUUCCUCAAGCGCUUUGCAGAUUCCCUGCCCUCCGACGAAGAAGGUGAAAGUUACUCAAAGGAAGUUCCCGAAAUGGAGAAAAGAUAUGGAGGAUUUAUGAGAUUUUAAUCCCCUUUCCCAUCAGUGAGCCCAGGCCCCAGCAAGCCUUCCUCCACCCCGCAGUGAGAGACUGCUUCGCCGGUCGUGUUGUAUUGUCCUAUGUUGCUUGCAUUAUAUAGUUGACUUGAUUGUCUGGAUAACUUAACUGUACAACCUGAAAGCUGUCAUUCCAGGUCCUGUGUUCUUUUGAGAAUCCUUAAGCCUUCAAGUAUUGGUCUCUUGCAGCUGUCUUGUUUACAUGCUCAAAUAGUUUUUGGUAUUACCUUGUCCUUUAUUUUUGACAAAACGCCAGUAAAUGCAUACUUGUAUGUAGAUAUAAUAAACCCAUCACCCCAACUGCA